AUGAGAGAACUCGAUUCCGAGCGCCCCUUGACCCCGUGGGAGCGAAAGAUCAUAGACGCAAUCAAAAACGAAAAUCUUCGCUCAGUUUCCGACCUAUUCAUCCUUAUCAAAGCUGAAGUAGAAUUCAACAAGGAUGUCGAGCUAGCAACACAAAUGAUGGCCAAGAUGAAAAUAAACAACGAAGGAAUGGAAUGGGAAAUGACCGCGAAAAUGGAUGUAGAUACCGAGAACGAGGAAAUGGAAAUCGACAGCGUGAACAAGGAAAUGGAAGUCGACAGCGUGGAUGAAGAGAUGGAAUGUGAUGGUGACCAGAUCGACAUGAUGGAAGAGUAG